CUUACGAAACUGCCUGAAGGCCAGAAUAGUUGACGCUCUGCGUGGUGCCUUGCCGGAUGAUUGUUGUCCCCGUUCUGUCACCCCAACCUUUCAUUACGUAUAUAGAAUCUCAAUAUUAUGGAUCUUCUCUUCUUCCUCUUUCCCUUCUGUACAUUAUGGGCUUUUUGCACAAGCCUGGAUGAAAUCCUCAACCCGGAUCUAUCCGCCUACGCCGCGUCCUACAACAUGCCACCGGGCCACUACUACGCCGGCCGCGCCGAACUCCGCGUCACCUACGAGAAAGAAUCCCCCUGGCGCGGCAGACCCAGCAACUCCACCAUCUACCGCUACGGCCCCAUCGUCCCAACGCCGGACUACAACACCUACUUGAAAUCCCCGGGCAUCAACUAUGCCGAUUAUCUGAGAAAUAAGACGCGCCAUGGCGGCGCCGGAUACCCGGGCAAAGGUCACCUGCCGUUACUGGGAGGAUACCCGGGACCUGGAGGGUAUCCGGGAGGUCCCGGGGGAUACAGUCCACAGAAACCGCUCUAUGGAUCGUUGUACGGGGAUAAGGGAUACCGGCCGUACGAGUAUGGACCGUCGUCGUCCGCCCCGGGAAAUUCCACGAUGAGCACGCCAGUGAUGGGCAAUUCUACGGUGGCAUCAUCCACUCCUGCCAGUAAUGAUACGUCCAGUGCGCUACUUGCCCCCGCACUUAUUGCAAGUUUUUAAUGGAGACAGGUCGACCUAGUCAUAGGUGGAGAUUUUUUAUAAUUUUUUAUAAAUGUGAUUUAUUCGGGUAUGUGCUUAUUAAGUAUGCCGUGUAUGUGUAUGUGAUUUUCUCAUUUUUAUUAUAAAUGUGUUUUAUUCGUGUAUAUUAUGCCUUAUAUAUACACUUUGUGUGUAUAAAUUGCCACUCAUUUCCAAGGUUAUAACUUUUAGACUUUUUUAGUUUCUGGUUGAUGUAGAGCAUGUUAUAUGUGUUGUAGAGAAUAUGAUAGCAAUAAUAAUUAUAUCUUGAAUUAUGCUUUAUAAAA